CAAUGCCUCGUCCUCGACUUCCGCGCGAGAGCGAAAACCGUGCAGGACUCUUCUCGUCGCGCUCAACACACUUCAAUUAAAGAAAUGGCAAGUGAGCUGGGCUCACAGGUGUACCAGUUUCCGGCUGAUGAGAUCGCUGCGAUGCUGUCUCCCAAGCGUCUCCAACGACAGUGGAAGGGAACGGAAGGCCCCCAUUGCCUCGCCCACUUUGACUGUCUUGUGAACUCCGAUGCUGUCUUACGCGCUUUGUCUUCACAACGCAACUCGGCAACGGCGUACACAUGCAAUUCCCCGACUGAAAAAAGCCACCACGAACCUCUCGCCAAGUACCUCAAUGCACGCCUGAAACGCGUGCGCAAAGCCUGCCGAGUCAUCGUGGAUUUCAAGGCAGAGGUCUGUGUGGGCGAGACGUCGUUCCCUGCCCUGAAAGACGAAUCCCG